GGAGAGGGAUUAAUGAUAUUUUUUGUGGACAACAUUUUUUUUAUGGCCGAAAUAAUACCUAGUUUUUUUUUUUUACAACAACAUUAACCCAUAUCCUCUUUGUAUGAUCGCACAAACAACCAAUCGCUUGUUAUAACCUACUUGCAAGUAGCCAGUGAGUGUCGUGGUUUACGUAAGACGCCUACUAUUAUGGCUAGUUGGCUACAUUGUAAAUUGACAGUUUGUGAAACUAGUGAUAUCUGGACAUACAUCGGCUUAAAAAACAUUCUAAGAGGGCUUAAGUCAUGUAUCUAAGAUUUAUUAAAUGUCGGAAGCUCAAACCCGGUGCUCUUUAUUCUGCGGUGAGACAAUAUGCUUCAACUGGGACCUUCGACAUAACAGUUCCUCUCAACUUUUGGUCCGGAGACCGCGUGAGGAUCAAAGAUGCAUCGAACACAGAACGAGUUUACGAGCCUGCCACUGGGAGGGUCCUAUGUGAACUGGAGCCUUGUGGUGCAGUGGAGGUGGACCAGGCUGUGAAGAACGCCCAGUCUGCCUUCCAGGAGUGGAGCCGAAUGUCAGGCAUGGAGAGAUCACGAGUCAUGAUUAAGGCUGCUCAAAUCAUUGAGGAUAAGCGUGAGGAGAUAGCAGAGAUGGAGGUCGUAAACAACGGGAAGUCCAUCACAGAAGCCCGUCUGGACGUGGACUCUGCCAGGCUGUGUAUAGAGUACUAUGCAGGGGUGGCCAGCACUCUGGCAGGUCAGCAUGUGCAGCUACCAGGGGGUUCUUUCGCCUACACACGGAGGGAGCCUUUGGGGGUCUGUGUUGGGAUCGGUGCUUGGAACUACCCUUUCCAGAUAGCAGCCUGGAAGUCCGCCCCAGCUCUGGCCUGUGGGAACUCCAUGGUGUUUAAACCCUCCCCGGUGACACCGGUUACAGCUGUGAUGCUGGCUGAGAUCUAUGCCAAGGCCGGGGCUCCAGAGGGGCUGUUCAAUGUAGUGCAGGGCGGCUAUGAGACAGGCACCCUUCUCUGUCACCACCCCACUGUGGCAAAGAUAUCCUUUACUGGUAGUGUGCCCACAGGCAAGAAGAUUAUGGCGAUGGCAUCCAAAGGUGUGAAGCCAGUGACUCUGGAGCUGGGUGGGAAGUCUCCACUAGUCAUCUUUGAAGAUAGCGACCUGGAGAAUGCAGUGAAAGGGGCUCUCAUGGCUAACUUCCUGUCCCAAGGACAGGUGUGUAGCAACGGAACCAGAGUCUUCGUCCAGAGCCAGAUCCUACCUGAGUUCCUAGAGGAGGUUGUAAAGAGGACCAAGGCCAUUGAGAUAGGGGACCCUCUCUUAGAGAGCACCCGUAUGGGAGCACUGGUCAACCGGCCACACCUGGACAGAGUGCUAGGCUUCGUGGAUCAGGCCAGGAAAGAGGGCGCCACCGUGUUGUGUGGAGGCGAGCCAUUUGUUCCAGCAGAUCCUAAACUCAGGGGUGGAUACUUCAUGACCCCCUGUGUUUUGGGUGGUUGUAGGGAUGAGAUGACGUGUGUGAAGGAGGAGAUCUUUGGGCCCGUCAUGUCUGUGUUGUCCUUUGAGACCGAGGAGGAGGUGCUUCAGAGGGCCAAUGACACCACCCUAGGUCUGGCUGCCGGUGUCUUUACCAGGGAUGUAAGCCGAGCCCAUCGUGUGGUGGAGCAUCUGAACGCCGGCACAUGCUUCAUUAACAACUACAACAUCACUCCUGUGGAGGUGCCCUUUGGAGGGUACAAAAUGUCCGGCAUUGGGAGGGAAAACGGUCAGGUGACCAUAGAGUUCUACUCCCAACUGAAGACUGUCUUUGUUGAGAUGAAUGACGUGGACAGCCUCUUUUGAAGACAACCCCAAGGAAGUGAUGCUUCUAUUCCAGGAAGGGUAUAUGCUGGCUUGUAGUCAAAUAUCUGAACCGGUUCUAGAAAUGUUAAGGAAUGUUAAAUUUACUCUGGUAUUUGAAUGAAGGCUGUGAGUCAGAUGUAGCUAAGAUUUCCACUCUGCUUUUUGAUGCAAAUUAUUACAAGGGGAAUUUCAGAAAAUUACCAACUGUGCCAAACUGAAUCGUCAUGAAAGUGCCUUAAUAUUGUAGCCAUUGAUUUGUACAUCUAAGUCAAAUCUUAGGUAGCUGCUCAAAUCUAUCCACCAAGUGGUGGAGAGCCAGGGAACUUGGCAGCAAGUGAUUAACAGUAUUCCUGACAGAAGCAUCAUUACUUAAUAACUCUUUUUUACAAAAUUGUACAGUAUUUGAUACAAAUUAUAUUCCACAUACAAAAUAUUUUUACCUGUGUCUUUUUUCAUAACUAUUUAUUUUACUAAUGAACAGGAAUUAUAUCAUGUUUAAUACUUUUAUUCCAUGCAUUUGAUCUACAAAAUCUAGUUAAAUGGAUUACAAAUAUUUUAUCUAUUGCAGUAGGUGAUGGUCUUGAAUAGUACAGUACAAAUAUGUUUUUUAGACAAGUAAAAUUGUAACAUCAGUUUAAUUAGUUUGAUAAUAAUACACUAACCGUUUGGUAUAAAGGAACUUCAACCAACAUAAUACUUAAACUAAAUGAGUAGUGGCCAGUCAAUAAGAUUUGGAACUGUCAACAUGUUUGGUGAAUUACAUUUAACAACACUAGAGGGUGCCAGGCUCAAGGCUCAGCUCUCCUUCCUUUCCUUCCUGAGAGCUUGU